UGAUGCAAGAUGCUUGGAUGGUCAGUGCGUUACGGCCAAAUAUGAUCACUCUCGUGGUUUUCCAGCGGAACUCCAAAGGGCAGAAAGUGGAGAAGCGGAGGCGGUGACGAAACAGAAUGGUGUGUCUACUCUUGCAUAUUCACCGUCGGACAACUCAAACACAAUUUGCAUUUGAGACAAGAAGACAGGGGAACUGGUUGGUAGUGCCAUACGAUAACUUUUUCGAGGUAAACCUCGUGUUUUGUCAUGCAAAGGCAGUGUUGAUGAUAAUCAUCCAUAUCAUUUUUGGCACCAUCUGGAUCCUCUUAUCGUCCCCGGUGUCCCCUUCCCAUUAUCCGCUUCUGGAACAUCUUGACCGCUCAUCGGCGCUUCUAGAUAGCAAGAGAGCUUAUUACGCAACGACACCUCGAGCGCAGUCUGUUCGGCGUCACACAGGACCGAGGCCCGUAACAGUUUCCGCCGGAAUUAAAAAAACAAGGAAGCAGUCUACUAGGUGUUCCUCGUUUCCCUGUAUACAUGACCGAACCUACAGAAGCGAUGGCUUGCACGUCACCCUGAGAGCACCACUGAUGCUCAGACUAGUCAGUCAUCAACCACAGCUCAGUCGGAUUCUGCAGCGUAGCCACACUUGAUGUCGCAGCCACGUCUCCCCCAGACACCGGCGGCAAUACAACGCCCUGCUCAAGAAGAUUGCUAUGACUAUGGUUGUUGGGACAGCUAUUCCCUUACUCUCUGGUGCAUCCCUUAUCGCCCCUUCGCAUUGGUUCCUCCA